UCAUACAAAACUAUUUGGAAUCAUUUGAAAUCAUUAUUGAAGCACUGAAAGACCGUACGAAAAAUAAUUGCAAUGAUAAAAAAGAUUACCGUCAAUAAUAUUAUCAAUUGAUGUGUUUGAAUAUUUAAAUCGACGGUGUCAAAAUGAAUAAGUCUUAGUUGAAAUGUUCAAGUCAAAAGAGGAAAAACUCGGGACUUAAAUAGUUUUACAAACAUCAAAGUAUAAGACGUAAAUAUUAUAAUGGACUUAAAGUGUUAAUACAUUUAAAUGCAUAACGUAUUGUGAUAAAUGCAGCAGUAUACAAGUUAGAGGAGACGAAAGCUUCAAAGAUAACAUUACAACUCAGGACUGUGUGCAUCUUGUUUGUAAUAGUUUAAAAUAACAAGAUGAAUUAUUUAGAGACGGGCCUCCCCCACACCGCUCUAUACCAACGGAAGACUCAAUUUAGCCCGCCAAGGUUCAUUCCACUGUGCACAUUGGGUCGAACAUAUAUGGGACUUGAACCACUGUCCAAACAUGAGCUCAACGAAUUGUCAAAAAGAUUAAGUGAGCCAAAGAAAGCAUUGGAACGCGAAGAAAAUGUAGCGGCAACUGAAGUUCGACCAAAAUCUACAGGAACUGGUCGAUUUGUUGGUCAUAAGAAAAUGAACAAUUUACAGAUUGAGAAAAUGGUAGACAGACUGUAUAGCAGACGGCAUACGAAGAAUUAUGAAUUUGUUGACGAUGAUGUUGCAGCAGAUGAUAUUUUGAACAUGACUGACCGCCAUGAUGAGUCGAGUGAUUCGGAAGCAGAAACAGGUGAAAGUAAAGAAAUGAAAGACAGAAAAAAUGUAUUUCUAAGACGCCACAGUGCAAUGUUUUCAAAUCAUCGUAGUAAGACUGAUCACAUGCUAUCCGGCGGAAAAUUUCGGGAGCAUAUACAUCAUGAUACCAAAAUGGAAAGCCCCACUAGGCAAGAUGAGGAUGACGAUGUAUUUUGUGAAGAUCAAUCACCAAGUGUACCAAAGUUGAAAACGGACGUAAAACCAAGACUGUCAGCGAGCUUUCACCGCGAGAACUUUGUGGCAGAAAACAGACGCAAUGUAAUAAUCAAUAGAAAUCACCUUGUCAAAAGACACAAUAGCGAAUACACCGGUAGCCCAAGACCAAUUUUACAAAGAUCUGCUACAAUGCAAGGGCCUUCGUGCCCAAUGUACGCCAUAAGAAAACAAGUUGUAUCAAACGGCCAAGCUCCUGCUAAUACUAUCCCAUCUCUUCGUCCAAAGUCAGAACCGACGUACCCGACUCGUUCCGACAUCACCGAAGUCAAAAUUCUAAAGCUUGACUCAACCAAAAGCACACAACCCACGCAAAGGACCUCAUACUCGAAACCAGACGUUAAACGCUCGGUAUCUUUCCUGACACCGAGAUCAGCUUGGGCUGAGUCUAGUAGAUCAGUUGGGACCACAAGAAAAGAGAUUUCGCCCGUUUCGUCGGGAGAAGAAGAGGAAAGCGCUACAACACCUCACCAGAAACUACCGCGCCUGGAAGAAAGGAGCACAAAAUCACCACGGUAUGCUACAGAGCAUUGCGAUGAACUGCUAAUAGACAGGGUUGCGACCUACAACCGCACUCCUAGGCUACGAACUACUUGAACAUUUAACACAUGUACAUACUAACUACGGAGACAGCUGAGAUCUUACAAAUUGUGUGAUUUAUCGGGGACAGCAUUAUUGUUGUUGUUAGUUUUUGAACAUGAUAGGGCUAUUGGCGGGUGAAGGUGUGUCUAAGCCUUGAAACUAAUGUUUGCAAUCGUGUUCGUCAAUCAGCUAAUAAAGCACGAGCAUUUUGGCUUAUUGCAACGAAGAGACGGUAAAUAUUUACCGCCCCAAAAGUGACCUUUGAACAAUCAGUUUUCGGCACUUUAAAGAGCGUCAUUUGAGGCUUCGAUUUAAUUGGCUGGUUGUUGAUGUGAAACCAGUGCAAAAUGUGUACUGUACGUAUGAACCCAAUGCGGGUCACGGUAUGAGCCCGCCCGUUCAGUAGUAGAUUCCACGUUGAUACGUAACGUUAUACGAUCAAUCGCUGACGGUUGCAAUCGGCUUUCUUUGAUUCGUGAAAUCUAUUGACAGGCUCUUGAUGUUGCAGUUGAUUUGUUUUUCGGUUGGUGUGUUUAGGUGGAACAAAUGCCACGAUCAUUCAAUGCUCCGGAACCUUCAAAUGCUAAGUUCAUUUGCGAACACUACAAGUGACUAGGAGCUCCGUCGAUGAUUUGUACCAGUUACCACCCACUGUGAUUUGAUGGGAAUUAACUCCUGCUUUGGUGUAAUUUGACCUGAACAGAAUUUAGUGACAUUAAACCUAAAAUAUUUUUUCUUCUUUUGUUUUCAUUAGAUUUAUCAAAGGUGUCACUCCUACCAACUAUCUAGCAUAAAAUAACUAUGAAUUACUGCAGUUAAACAAUGUCCGAAAAUCUCAAAAGUUGAUAAGAGUGACCCCUUCGAUAAAUCUGAAGAUUUUUUUUUAAAUUUUAGAUUAAAUGUCACUAAAUUUUGUACAGGUCAAAUGGCACCAAAACAAGAGUUCAUUCAAAUGAAAUCAAUAUGUUAUCACCCAGAGAACGGGAAAUGUUCUUUAAUCACAUGUACAUACCAUAUUUUGAAAGCUCGUUAGAGCGUAUGUUUUUGUUGUUCACCACUGCGACGUGAAAUUAAUCUUGCAUUCGUCUUUUUAUUCUGAAUCCUUUUAUUCUUAUAAACUUUAAUCGUUGGUUGCAAUGAUCUUCAAAAAAAAAAAUAACUGCUUAUUGAAAACUACGUUAUCUUUAUCUGCGUUUUUAUUACAAAUCAAAUAAAUAUUGUCUAAUGCUGAACAAUAACAGCGGAACAUUGUUUAUACAGAUUUCCAUGUACUCAUAUUUGCUUAUACAUAACUUUAACCCUUAUUUGUUCAUUUAAGGGAUGACCACAACUUAAAGGAUCAUAUAGGAAAAUCAAAGAUUUUAAAACAAAAGUGGACCUACAUGUCUUUGAAGGUUCAAUAUUUAAUAAUCACAAUUUGUGUGUCCUUUCAUAAUUUUAUACGUGUAGAUGUUUUAAGAGCUCAGUAAAUUUUACGAAUGGAGGGAUUUAACAUAAUUUAUAUCAUUUGCAUUCAAACCCAAAAUUGUUAAAACAAAAUCUGGAGUAGUUUCAGUUUUUAAAUUACUUGACGCUUUUUAAACAACGAAGUAUUGUGACCCCGUAGUAAGUAAUCAGAAAAUGAAUUUAAAUUUUCAAAAUAUUAUUUCCAUUUAAAAAUGCAUUUUCCAGAAGCAAAAACAUAUUGUUGAUAAGUUAGUGUGAAGUAUUUUGACAAAAUACUGGUUUAUUUUUUCAAAAUACUUGAAUAGUUUGAAUGCAAAUAUUUGUUUUUAAAAUCUCUGAUAAAAAAAUCUUCGUAAAAUUUGCAAACGAUAUUUGUUUUUCCCUUUGCAAUAAUUGUACCUCAUAACUAAAUGAAAAAUGAAACUUUGAAACAUUUUAACUUUGUAUUGCGGAAGGCCCUUCAAGUCUAUAGAUUGGCUUAAGUAUGCUGUUUAACUAUUUUGCUGUUUUUGUACAAAGAAAGUGAUCAAAACUGACGCUUAAUCCCUUAAAAUUUAUAUAGAUAUAAAAGACCCGUUAUCUUGAAAAUGGACUUUACGAUUAAAAAACAAAACAUUUCAAAUGAAAGAAAACCGCAUGGUUUAUGAAUCAU